CAGACCCACACGUGAGACCACAUCACAGCCUGACAUGGUCGUUCUUUAUUGGCUCCGUGCCGCGACCGGGAAUAGUGGGCCCCUGGUUUGAACGCGCCUGGGCUACCCAUUCGCGACACAUCACUCUGAUUUCGAACUCCAUCCUCCAUUCUCUGAACACAUAACCACGACCUCACCCUCCCUUCCGUUGUCACCGUCAUGGUCCGCACUCGAGCUCAGACAGGCUAACCCUUAACAGGAAAGCGACCCCAGGGCAUCCUCAAAAGCGCACCUCGAAAACGCGGUCGCCUCCGAGAGCAACCCGCAAGCCGUUCUACAACCAGCCAGACGUCGUCUCAUCAAGUAUGCCUUCUAUCAGCCCCGACCCAGACCCAGACCCGACAGGGCAAGCACACGCCACAAGAGCAAGCUGGAUCAGAUCAAGCCGAAUUCCAGCCAUAUCCAACGGGUGGACCACUAAAUCGAAAGUAUCCGUCGAACGCAAAGGCCGGAAGCCGUUGCCUGCCGUUGCAGAUCCACUCGAGCACACUUCAGACGAACACUCUCGGAAACGCCGACGAACAUCUCUUGGACAGCAAGACCCUCCUCACCACUCUCCCCGUUUCGCAGGGAAUUCUCCGCCCCUCUCCAGGCCGUCCGCUCAUCGUCUCGAGCCCCCAGCUUUGCCAGCAUCGCUCGCUCCCGUCCCGGUUCCGGCAGAUGGCGACACCGAGGAGAGGCGAGAUAUAAUCGAUUUCUGGAGGAAAGAGGGGUCUUGGCCCAAGAAAUAUUUCGAACAGGACGACUAUACCAGGAAUCAUUUCGAGAAGGAAUUGGAUCCAACCACAAGGCUUCAAAUGCUUCUUUUCGAACGUUACGAUCCAGCCGCAAGGCGUCUUUUCGUGAAGAAGGCAUCUCUCAGCGUGGAACUGUUAGAUCCAGAUCGCUUGCGGCUAACUUCUAUGCCGCCACCUUCUACAAUUAUGACGCCUAGCGAUCAGAGACCAAGAGAAGAGAAGAGCGCCCCGUACUGGAGUGUCCAAUACCAGUUCGUACUCGAGGCCAUGGGUUCAUACAUGAAGAGGUCACCGUUAGGUAUUACGGAUGAGAGUAGAAACCUUUGCAAGACCCUCCUCGAUACUGAACAACCGGCUCCUGAAAAUUCACUCUUCGACGACGAUAUCUUUGAGAAGGUCUGCGAUAAGCUUCUGAACAAGAACGAGGCUAGGGUUAUUCAAGACAUUUCUCGGCUGAUCGCUCCUUCAGUGGAGCAUCACGCCCUUCGUGCCAAACACCUCGAACACCUCGACCUUACCGAAAGUGUGAAUGAGGGCUGGAACAAUUCAGUCCCCUUGACCGGCAUCCUUCGUCCUCAACCCGAUUACUCCGUUGGUUUCGGACGAGACGCAUUCACUAAGGAGCAGAUCGAUAAACUACGGCCAUUUAUUGGUGACUCUCUCCCCGGAGACCAGUCCUUUUUUAUGGCCACGCACUAUAUGUACUUCCCGUUCCUAACCUGUGAGGUGAAGUGUGACUUCACGUUCCUAACCGGUGAGGUGAAGUGGGACGCUGGAGCACUCGAUAUCGCAGACCGACAGAACGCCCACAGCAUGACACUUGCGGUGCGGGCCAUCGUCGAGCUCUUCCGUAUUGUAAAGCGCGAAGAUGAGGUUAACCGGCAAAUUCUCGCCUUCUCCGUCUCGCACGACCAGCAAUCUGUACGGAUCUACGGCCAUUACCCGGUAAUAACGGAGAAAGACACCGAAUAUUACCGGCACCCGAUCCGCAAUUUUUACUUUACUGACUUGGACGGCAAGGAGAAGUGGACAGCGUACCGAUUUGUCAAGAAUGUCUACGAGAUAUGGGUGCCCGAUCAUUUCAAGAAGAUCUGCUCUGCCAUUGACCAGUUGUUGGUGCCGGAUUCCGGUGUUUCAUCGCUUUCUGAGGCAACUGGACUUUCGCAGAACUUGGGGAAUCUGAUGCAGUCAGAGCAGCCUACGGCGACUCCAUCGCAGGACUUGGGGAAUCCGAUGCAGUCAGGGCAGCCUACGGCCACUCCAGACACCUCAUUUACAAGACCGGAGGCGGCAAAGAGGAGGAAGGGUCAAGUCAAGACAUGAACAGUAUCGUUUGGGUAUCAAGUGUUACGCGAAGAAGAUGUUUCACCAGUGAUAUUGACAGAGAAUAAUAGAGUGAGCAGCUGGUUGUUGGACAGAGCAACAGUGCGUAACAGUUAGCGACAGUGUUGUCAAAGGAAGCACAAGACAGACACUGCCGAGAGCCUCAACCUGGAACCUCACACACGACUUCACAGAGCGUGAGCAAGAUAGACAGUAGGUUGUAAGGU